AUGGAAUAUGAUGGUGCAUCACCAAGUGAAAUUUUACUUAAUGCAUGCCAUAAAGAAAAUCCAUAUUUACUAAAUCAAAUAUUAGAUGAUCCAUCUACUGAUAUUUCUCUUAUAAAUAAUUCAAGAGAUGGACUAGGAAAUACUGCCCUUCAUCUUUCUGUGCAAUAUGGUUCUAUUGCAUGUUUGAAUGUAUUAUUAGAUGUAAAAGAUUUGGAAAUAAACAGCAAAAAUUUCUUAGAAGAAAAUACACCUUUGCAUAAAGCAGUAGAAUACCAAUAUAAAGACGAAGAUAUAGCACUGGAAAUGGUCGAGUCUCUUAUUGAUGCAGGUGCUGAUCCAAGAAUGAAAAAUAAAAUGAAACAAAAGCCUAUUGAUCUCGUAGACCAACAACACUCUGGCAUAAGAGAUGUACUUAAAAAGGCAGAACUAGUAUAUUUUACCAGCAAAAAUGAUAUACAAAGUACAGAUAACGAAAGCGAAACCUUUUCAAGCGAUACAUAA